CGUUGAAUCCUGCGGUCAAAAUCGUCUAUAUUGAGCAUCGGACGGAGAAGAGAGAACCACGUGCAACGCUCUGAUAACUUUCGUCCUCUGUUUCGUCAGCCAUUUAAACAACAAACCAUCCAAAAACCCUCCUUUUACUCAAGCCUUUCCUUAUUCUAUCUCUCUAGGGUUUCUCUCUCCUCGAUUCAGAGCUCAAAGGUACUAUCCUGACCCUUCAUCGUCUAUUUGGUUGCCUAGAAAGCGAAAGAAAGUUGUAGAAAGCUUCGAUUUCAGCUAUCUGGCUCCCCAAAACUGAUUACUUGAGUUUUUGUGUUUUUGGGGGCAGAGUUGUGAAGAUGAGGCCAUUGUUCUGUGGUAAUUUCGAGUACGAUACUCGUCAAUCAGACUUGGAGCGAUUGUUCUCCAAGUACGGGAGGGUGGAGCGUGUCGACAUGAAAUGUGCACUCUCCUCCGUCGAACCCAUCCUCAUCCUUACCGGCAAACCCAUCCUCACCGACAGCGAACUCCAUCCUCACUGACGGCGAACUCCUCAGAACCUAAGACGUCUUCUGCCGCCAAAGCUUUCGACUGAUGCUCUUUACAAAUUACAGUCGACACUAAGGUCAGAAAUCGAAUACAAGUUUUCAUUAAUUGGUGUGAUUUACCUCUUUAUGAUUUCUUUAACUUUUCUCUAAGGUUCUGCUAUUUGAUUAACACACUGUAAAUUGGAUAAAUUCAAUCAAUAAAUAAAUUCUCAGUUGGUGUGUUUUACGUCUUUUGUUUUAUUAUUAAAUCAAUAAAUUCUCUUUGUUUUACCUUUUAUUAGAAAUAGUAAACCAAUAUAGCACUAAGCUAUGACUUCGAGUCAUAACCCAGCAAAACAAACAACAGAAUUCAAUUUUGAUCUUUACAUUAAAAUCCAUAAAUAGUUGGUGUGUUUUACCUCUUUUGUUACUCAUCUGAUUGUUAUUGUUAUGUUUUGUUAAAAGGCUCGUAAAUUAUCUCAGUUUUGCCAUAACAGGGUAAUGUUAUGGGCCUUAUCACAGUAUGUCUCCUGGUUUUUGUAGACAUGGCAGUCUCAUGGGUCAUGUAAUUAUUAACUGGUGUCUAGAUGUGUUAUAUUGAAUCUCAUGAAUAAUUGAAUGAAGCAAUAUCUAUCUAUAUUAAUUUAAUCUGGUUUUUAAUAAUUCAAUUUCCUUAAUUCUAGUAAUUUUUCUUAUAUGACAUAUGGUCCUAUCUAUAAACCAGAUAAAUUUUAUCUAUAAACCAAUUUCAAUUCAUUUUCAUAGCACUACAACCUAAGCAACCCUGCAAUCUUAUUAAAAAGCUCAACUAUCAUUAACUUAAGAUUUUAUUUAUAUGGGUUUUCAGUUGCAUUUUGAUAUCGAUAUGGAACCUGAGAAUGACUGUGAUUGGAAGCCAAAACAGGGAAUGAUAUUUGAUUCUGAAUAAUGUGCGUAUGAUUUUUAUAAUACAUAUGGAGGAAGAAUGGGGUUUAGCAUAAGAAGAGAUUGUUGUAGGAAGGACAAGUUCACUAAUCAACUUAUUCAUAAACUUUUGGUUUGCAACAAGGAGGGAUUUCGAAAGGUUGACAAGCGAGACCCAUUGUCAAAAAACUCUAGAGCUGAAACUAGGACUGGGUGUGAGGUUCGACUUUAUAUUAAAUUACAUGAGGGUACUGAAAAAUAUGUUGUGACUGAUUUCAAAGAAAAACACAACCAUGAUCUUGUAUCACCCGAGUGUGCCCACAUGUUGCCGUCACAAAGAAAGAUAUCCACUAUCCAAGCAAUUCAGUUAGAUUUAGCGGCACAAUCUGGUCUUCGUUUAGGCCAGUCUUUUGAACUCAUGGGUAGGGAAGCUGGUGGAAGGCAAUGUCUUGGUUUUACGAAAUUAGAUUCUAAAAAUUAUUUGAGAACCAAAAGACAACAAAGUUUAGCAUAUGGGGAAGUAGGCAAUGUGUUGCAAUACUUUAAAGAAAAAUCUUUGCAGAAUCCUUCAUUCUUCUAUGCUGCUUAAUUAGAUAAUGAGGAGCAAAUAACCAAUAUGUUUUUGGCCGAUGCACAAAUGAUCAUGGAUUAUGUCCAAUUUGGUGAUGUUGUCACAUUUGAUACGACUUACAAGUUAAACAAAGAACAUAGACCCUUCGCAUCUUUUGUGGGAUUCAACCAUCAUAGGGAAACAGUUAUAUUUGGUGCAGCAUUGUUGUAUGAUGAGACCGCCGAAUCGUUUGUAUGGUUGUUUGAAAACUUUCUAGAGGCUAUGUCAAGUGUCACGGACAGGGCGCUUGUCAUCCUCCCAAGAAGCCGGCUCCACGAGUGGUACUGCGUACCCCCGUGCAUUAUGCCCAAGGACCAACCCAGGAGAUGCGAUAGGGAUUCACCCUGCCUGCCUUGCCGCUCACAAACUAAUGCGCUUACAAGGUGUUUGGUGUAGAACUCGCAUCCCUAAUGAGUCUGUACGUGACAUGCUACCACCGCCAGUCCCUGACGCCCUCGUCAGGGGGACAUUACCCUACCUGCCCCCAUGCUUGUCCGUUCCUCAACCCACGGGAAACCCGUCCUGUGCGGACAUCACCCUUGGUGCGGACCCCACAAUGAAGGUGCUUGGUGUAAGUCCCACGUACCGCCCCCAUCACAGUGCCCCUAGGCUGGCUCUGAUACCACUUGUCACGGACUGGGCGCUUGUCAUCCUCCCGAGAAGCCGGCUCCACGAGUGGUACUGCGUACCCUCGUGCAUUAUGCCCAAGGACCAACCCAGGAGAUGCGAUAGGGAUCUACCCUGCCUGCCUUGCCGCUCACAAACUACUGCGCUUGCAAGGUGCUUGGUGUAGAACUCGCAUCCCUAAUGAGUCGGUAUGUGACACAAGGAAGGCACCAAAAACUUUGUUUACCGAUCAAGAUGCUGCAAUGGCUAAAGCCAUACCCAUCGUUAUGCCUGACACAAGUCACCGAUUGUGUACUUGAUAUUUAAUGCAAAAUGCAUUAAAACAUGUUAACUGUUUGUUCUAAGAUAAGGGGGUGAAGGGUGUACUAAAUAAAUUCUUCUUUCACAUUGAAGAUGCAAAUCAAUGGAAGUUAGAGUGGGCGGAAAUGCUUGAUAAAUAUGAUGCGCAUGAAAACCAUUGGUUGAAAUUGACUUUUGCGGUGAAAGAAAAAUGGGGAUGGCCUUAUGUUAGAUCAACAUGGGCUGCGGGAAUAAGUACCACACAAUUUAGUGAAUCUUUUAAUGUUUUUUUGAAGGAUUACAUUCGUUCUGAUUUCAACUUAAAUGAAUUCUUCAUGCAUUUUGAAAGGGUACUUUACGAGAAGCGAUACAAGGAGUUAGAAGCAGGCUAUGCUUUGUGCCAAAGGUUGCCAAAGGUCAAAGCAACAAUAAGAAUGUUAAUUCAAAUGGGUAACGUCUACACAAAAAAGAUUUUUGAGGAAUUUCAAAAUGAGUACUUUCAAUCCAUUGAAUCGGACAUAGAAGCAAUUGAAUAUGGCGAGACUAGUACCAUUUACACAGUUGUUGAUGUUGGUACCAAACAUGCAAGAAAAGUGAAGAUGGAGAGGGAUGGCUCUUUGGGUUGUAAUUGUACAAAGUUUGAAAGGGAAGGAAUCUUGUGUUGUCACUCAUUGAAGGUCAUUAGAGACGUAUUGAAGAUGAAAGAGGUUCCUCCACAAUACAUUCUAAAGAGGUGGACCAAACAAGCAAGAGACGAAACUGUGCAGCACAUUAAGGAAAAUGACAUUGAAGUAGAUGUAAAAUUCCAACAAGCCUCGCGGUAUAAGACAUUGAUGAUCGCAUUUAGAGCAGUAGCAAGUAGAGCUGCUGAAACUGAAGAAACUUAUGAUUUUUGUAUUGCACACCUUGCUACAUUAGGUGCAGAUGUUGAAGGCAAGUUAAGUGCUCAUUUUGGUGUUGGAAAUGAAGUACGUAAUGAUGAUGACACCCAAAGCUUUGAAGUGGAAUGCGAAGAUGUGAAUCAUGUUGUGCAACCAAAAGGAUUGAAGAAAAAGGUGGCAACUAGUAAGGGUAAAAGGAGGGUCAAUGCUUCAAGGAGGAGAAGGGUCUACUGAUCUGUCCACUUCCCACCACUUACACCAGCAACCUCAGUAGGCUCCAUGAGAAUGAAAUCCGUCGGGGACCAUCCAGAGUCAAGCUUCCCAUUAUUGAAGCAUUCAGUACAUAAAUCAUAAUCUGCCUGUGCAACAAGAACAGAAUCAGCAGACAAAAUACCUUUCAUGGUUUUGCACACAGUUGAAGCAUUCAUGCUGACCUCAUAUAUUAUAGUUGCAUAACAUAACAUUCCAUCAUUCAUUCCAAAAUUCCAUCAUUCAUCAUUCAUUCCAACAUUCCAAAAUGAGAUUGGCAUACUGAUUCCAUCAUUCAUUCCAAAAUUCCAUCAUUCAUUCCAUAACAGAUAAGAAGUUUAAUGUUCCCCAAAAUUCAUUCCAUAACAGAUAAUAGAUAACAAGUUGGAGUACAUAAAACCCAAAAGGAUACAAACUUCCAUUAAGUUUCCCAAAAAUACAAUAAAGUCAAAAAGUUACAUCAUAAAGUACAAAAUGAUACAAAAUACAAUGAAGUACACCAUCUUUUUGAUAUUAUUUUCCAUCCU